GGCAGCUGUCAAUCGUUGUCCCUGAUUGAGAACCAUACUUAGGUAGCCUGGUUUCACUUUUGAGUGGUGGGUGAAUGUUUCCUGUGUCUGUGUUUGUACCAUACGGGGCUGUUUCGAUUUUCGUUUGUUCAUUCACAUUGUUAUUUAGUAUUUUUGUAGUGUUCAGUUUUAUAUAUUAAAAUGGACACUUACCACGCUGCACAUUGGUCCUCCAAUCCUUCCUACUACUCCUCUUCGUCACUCUGCAUGAGGCAAAUGGUGAUCACACAAGAUACUGCCUGGUUUUCUGAUCCAUGCCCCUACCUUUUCUUUAAGGUAUCUAUGACCAAUGGAUGCAUAGCUGGACUCCCAGUCAUGUGAAAUCCAUAGAUUAGUCCUAAUGAAUUGAUUUCAAUUGACUGAUUUCCUUAUUUGAACUGUAACUCAGUAAAAUCUCUGAACUUGUUGCAUGUUGCGUUUAUAUUUUUUUCCAGUGUAUAUAUAACUUAUCUUCACCCUCAGCUCUGCCUUUUGUUUAUCAUGAUUCAAUAAAGUUGGUUGCUGUCUGUCGGUGGUAAUAUGAUGUCUAAGAUGUUAGUCAAGGAUAUUUACUGAUUAAAAAGAAGGGAAAUGCCCAGACACCAUUGCUAACCAAAAUAAACGGAGGUGAUCCUUCACAUGGAUUAAUAAAUCUAGUGUUUUGUAACUGCUGACACCUGUAACAUAGGAGAGAAUAGGUAUUUAAUCCAUUUCUGUUUCUCUGCUGCUCAAGGACAUAAUUCCCAUUAUAAUUUUCAUGGUUUCUAAACAGGUCAAGUUACAGAGAGGAGAGAGGAAGUUGACCUUUAUCAUUUAUUUCAAACAGGGGUUGGAACAGAUCCGAAAACCAGAAAAUAACAAACAUUUUCAAGGAACAGAACCGAGAAAGAAAGUGAUCUGUUCCAGAACAGAACUGUUAUUUUAAGAGCAUGGGACCCGGUCAAUAACGUUCUUUUACAUUCCAUUUUUUUCUCCAGCCCCACAAAAAAUGCAACGAAGUCAUUAUGCAAAGCCCUCAAAGCCACUAUAAAAGUUACUGCCAGUGUUUGCCUGCCAGCUGAACAUCUUUACCAGUGUGUGUGUAGGCUACCUGCCCCUCGCCAAUUCAGUAAUUAAGGAGAGAUAUUUAUUUAGAGAACAGUGGAUUAACUUUUUCAAUGCUAGUUAAGGAUAUGAUAGUUUUCAUAUUUGGAUAGUUAUCACAUGAUAGUUAUCACAUUGGAUUUAUUAACUACAAAAAGGUAAGACAUGUUUUUAUUUGAAUUCUGGUGCCAGUCUGCACAAACAUGUUUGUUAGCUUAUUGCUAGCUUGUUAGCUAACUCUGGUCUAGCUCUGUAAAACUCUAGGCAGUAUUAUCUGUAAUGUAAUGGAACUGAGUCAUGAUCAAUUGUUAGCUCUGGUCCAACAUUAGUUGAGCCAACUCUCUGAAGUUCAAAGACAUUCAAAUUUCUUCCCAAAUUGCCGCUCCUCCGUAGGUAAAAGUCUGUGGUAAUGCAUGUCAUAUCAACAAGAUGUCCAGAGCUCUCCUCGCCCACAAAACGUCAGUCGCACAUCGACCAGCAAAUGAUCCAUGUACAGGGGAAACCAUGCAUAGCGUACUACAGGUUGAGCCACUCUUGAGCCACUCCCAUACCAACUAGAGUGUUUACCCCAUGCACACAGACCAUGCCCACUAAAGUCAAUGAUACAAAUGUCCUUUUAUACUGAGGUGUGAGACUUGUCAUUUGUUUUAGCUCUGAGGUAUGAGCAUUACUCAGUUGAGCAGCAGUGGGCAGCUCCUUGGAUGUAGAUACUAAUACCACCACAUAGACCGUCACUGCUACAGAGAAUAAUACAUCAUAGAUAAUAAAAGACUAGGCAUGUCUCUACUUCGGUUGUCAAGCUCUCAGAGAGUCUUCAGGAACGUAUCUCUGAUCAUACUGAGUGGCUCUGUCUGUUUGUUCCUGUGGGCAGCUCUCAGACCCUGCUCUGACAGGAAGCCUCUCCGCUCUCCAGACCUCCUCCCUCUGCACUACGCUGUAGACUUGCCUGCCUGCUCAGCCAUCAUCCGAGGAGACAUAGAGGGUCUGGAGAAGGAACAGCUCAGGAGACUGCUGAAGACCAAGAAGAAGAGCCAGCUGCUGUCGGAGGCAUUCUACCACAACGUGACACAGGACUGCCAGAGAUUCGUCACAGACAGAGAGUUCAUUACCAUGCCUCUCAGCCGGGAGGAGGAAGAGUUCCCUAUUGCAUUCUCCAUGGUCAUCCACGAGAAGAUUGAGAUGUUUGACCGGCUCCUGCGUGCUUUAUACACUCCUCAGAACAUCUACUGCGUCCACAUCGACCAGAAAUCAUCCGAGGACUUCAAGAGUGCAGUGAGGGCUAUUGUGUCCUGCCUACCCAAUGUGUUUGUGGCCAGUAAGAUAGAGAGUGUCAUCUAUGCCUCCUGGUCCAGAGUGCAGGCUGACCUGAACUGCAUGGAGGACCUGCUAAAAUCACCUGUCCAGUGGCGAUACCUUCUCAACACCUGUGGAACCGACUUCCCCAUUAAGACCAAUGCUGAGAUGGUUCAGGCCCUCAAGCUGCUGAACGGAAAGAACAGCAUGGAGUCAGAGGUCACCAACAGCUACAAGAAGGGCAGAUGGCAGUUCCACCACAACGUCACCAACACCGUGGUCAGGACAGAGGUUAAGAAGACCCCUCCACCUAUCAACACCCCCAUGUUCUCUGGCAACGCCUACUUUGUGGCAUCCAGGGCCUUCGUCCGUCACGUGAUGAAGAGUCAGGAGGUCCAGGUUCUGCUGGAGUGGGAGAAGGACACAUAUAGUCCUGAUGAACACCUGUGGGCCACUCUGCAGCGCAUGACCGCUGUCCCAGGCUCCAACCCCUCCAACAGUAAGUACCAGCAGUCUGAUAUGAACUCCAUAGCCAGGGUAGUGAGGUGGAGCUACCUGGCUGGGGAUGUGAGGAGCGGAGCCCCCUACCCCCACUGCUCCGGGACCUACAGGAGAGCUGUGUGUGUCUAUGGAGCUGGAGACCUGCAGUGGCUCCUAAACCAACACCACCUUAUCGCUAACAAGUUUGACCCCGAGGUGGAUGAUGUGGCUAUUAGAUGUCUGGAGUCAUACCUGCGCUUCAAAGCAACACACCGUGUAUCCUUAAAGACAGUGGAAUCUGGGAGUAUCGUACCAAAACUAUUAAAUGUUUACAGGUUGUAAAUACGGUAAUACACAUUUAUUUAUAAUAUAUGAUAUAUUUCUGAUUUGUACAGAAUAUUUAUGUUAAUACUGUAUAUUUAUGAUUGCCAUGCUUAUUUAAAAUAUGUUUUGGAUUGUAUUGACAUUUUCGUUAUUAUCCAGAGCAACUUAACAUUAGUGAUUGUUGUAUAUUUCUGAUGAUACUGUAUUGAAGGUUGGAAAUACAGUCAUGUAUGUUCAUUUAUGUUUCUUUAACUGUUGGGGUUGCACUGUAGAUUUUUCUGAAUGCCAUGUACUGUAUUUCCUAGAUAUAUAUCCUCCUGUACUCGUUAUUUAUUACGCAGCACCGCCAUCUAGUGGAAUGACUUGUCUAACUGGACACAGUUAUAUAUGUGUACUCAACAAUGCCGGGGUGAAGGUUGUAUAUAUCAUGAUAAGUUAUUGAUUACAGAAUCAGCUAAUCUUCUCUCAGUGUUUUAAUCAAUGUCACUUUAAUUAAUGUCAACAAUAUCUUGAGUUACACCAAGGUACUAAGGCUGCUUGUUACUUUGCCUACUCAUUAAAAAAAAAUGUUGUUGGAACCAUCAUCAAUCAUUUUUGCACAGCGUACUGUAUGUUGACUGUAUACCUAAGACAUGAUUGUAUCUAACUUGAGUCCAACAUGAAACCCAGUCUUGUCAUGUAAUUUAGUGUUACUGUAGUAUAUCAUUUAUUAAGAAUAAAUAUGCCUGUCACGCCCUGGUCUUAGUAUUUUGUAUUUUCUUUAUUAUUUUGGUCAGGCCAGGGUGUGACAUGGGUAUAUUAUGUGGUGUGUUU